AUGGUGAAGAAUACUCAGAGGAUCGAAGCACUUGAGAAGCGCAUGGGGGAACUAGAUGGCCUAGAAGAAAGGGUUAGGGAUCUAUCCUUUUCUAGUCAUAUUGACAAAGAUGUAAGUGAUCCACCAACACCACCAUCAUUUGGACCGGCUUACAACAAUUUCCAAGUUGACUCUUUUAAAUUGAUGGAGCUUCUUGGACCAGAGAAGGUUGAUCCUGCAGAUGUAAAGCUCAUUAAGGACAAGCUCUUCGAGUAUUCUACAUCCUUGGUGACCAAAGAAGAGCCUUUUGGAGACCUUGGUGAGGGUGUUGUUUUUGUUGGGAAUUUAAGGGGGAACAGAGAAGAAGUGUUUGCCAAACUCCAAAGUCAGCUGGUUGAGGUCAUUGGGGACAAGUACAACCUUUUUAUGGUGGACGAACCUAACUCAGAAGGUCCAGACCCACAUGGAGGGCCACGUGUUAGCUUUGGCCUGCUGCAGAAAGAAGUCUCAGAACCAGGGCCAACAACACUUUGGCAAUAUGUAAUAGCUCUCUUGUUAUUCCUUAUUACAAUUGGCUCUUCUGUGGAAUUAGGAAUUGCAUCUCAGAUCAAUAGUCUUCCACCAGAGGUGGUGAAAUAUUUCACAGAUCCAAAUGCAGUUGAGGCACCAGAUAUGGAGCUGUUAUUCCCAUUUGUUGAUUCUGCUUUGCCCUUAGCAUAUGGUGUGUUGGGGGUUCUGCUAUUCCAUGAAGUUGGGCAAUUUCUGGCUGCAUUUCCCAAAAAAGUAAAACUUAGCAUUCCUUACUUCAUUCCUAAUAUCACCCUCGGAAGUUUUGGUGCUAUCACUCAGAUGCGAAAUGUUGUUGCUGCUCUUCUCUUGUUACUUUGUUUUAAAUCCAUUCUUCCAGAUCAGAGUGCACAAGUUGACAUAUCACUUGCGGGGCCAUUUGCUGGUGCUGCAUUGUCCUUUUCAAUGUUUGUUGUUGGUCUGCUGCUUUCAUCUAAUCCUGAUGCCACGGGAGACCUGGUGCAGAGGGACACCCCUCAAAGUGCAUCCAAUACCCUUCAAUGGGAGGAGCAUAUUGUGGCAGUGGAGCGUUUGUUGAAGGACCAACAAGAGGCCAAGAAUGACAUUAUGGAGGACUUUUGGGAGUCAGUUUGCGCGCUCAAAACUGAGAUGAAAUAG